GAGAUGCAGCCAGCAGUAGCUGCCUCCCGACUAAUCACACAACAUUAACAUAAACCAGCUAACUCCACGGGCUAACUUGGACAGCCAUCUGCCUUUCAUUUUCUUAUUCGCUCCGAAUUCAAAAGCCGCGAAGAGCAGACAGAGAAUUGACGAACGGUGCAAAACGAAGAACAACGUCACCGUCGCGCACGGUUACCUUAGUCCCUUCUUCCAUCUAGCUGGCAGCGUCAUUUGACAAAGCAGGGAAGCCCACGGUUGGAAACUCUACCUUGGCUAGCAGCGGGCUAGCCAGCUUGCUAGCUGCUAACAUUGCUAACUGUAGUUAGCUAGCUAGCGAGCUGUGAUAAGUUGCGUCAUGGAGGAGCUUGUAGUGGAAGUGAGAGGGACAAGUGGAGCCUUUUAUAAGGCUUUUGUGAAGGACGUCCACGAGGGAUCCGUCACUGUGGCAUUUGAAAACAAUUGGCAGCCGGAGCGUCAGAUCCCGUUCCAGGACGUUCGCUUCCCUCCUCCGACAGGCUUCAGCAAAGAGAUAAAUGAAAGCGAUGAAGUUGAGGUGUACUCCAGAGCGAAUGACAAGGAGCCGUGUGGAUGGUGGCUGGCCAAGGUUCGCAUGGUCAAAGGAGAGUUUUACGUGAUCGAGUACGCGGCGUGCGACGCCACGCUGAACGAGAUCGUGACGCUGGAGCGGUUACGGCCGGUCAACCCGAACAAGCCAGCCACCAAAAACACCUUCAUCAAGAUCAGGCUGGAAGUCCCUGAAGACCUGCGACAGAUGUGCUCCAAGGAGUCGGCGCACAAAGACUUCAAGAAAGCUGUCGGCGCGUUCAGCAUCACCUACGACUCUGAGAAAAAGCAGCUGGUCAUCUUGUCGGUGAACGAGGUCACGACAAAGCGGGCCAACAUGAUGAGCGACAUGCACUUCAGGAGCCUCCGCACCAAACUGUCGCUCAUGAUGCGGAACGAGGAGGCCAGCAGGCAGCUGGAGAGUUCCAGACAGCUGGCAUCUCGGUUUCAUGAGCAGUUUGCGGUACGGGACGACCUGAUGGGUCUGGCCAUCGGGACUCACGGGGCCAACAUUCAGCAGGCGCGAAAAGUCCCUGGAGUCACUAACAUCGACCUGGACGAAGAGACGUGCACCUUCCACAUAUACGGGGAGGACCAGGAUGCAGUCCGAAUAGCUAGGAGCUACCUGGAGUUUUCCGAAGAUAUCAUCAAAGUUCCUCGAAACUUAGUCGGAAAAGUGAUUGGAAAGAACGGCAAGCUGAUCCAGGAAGUGGUGGAUAAGUCCGGUGUGGUGAGGGUUCGAAUCGAGCCGGAGAACGACAAGAAGCCCUCGGCGGCAGCGGCGGCAGCAGCAGAUGAGGUCAGUGGUGUCGGGAUGAAAACGCCUCAGUUUCUGGAUUUUCUUCAUAUCUCUUCCACUUCAAACCAUGUUGAUGUUCUUCUUCAGGGAAUGGUGCCAUUUGUGUUUGUGGGGACCAAGGAAAGUAUUUCCAAUGCAACGGUGCUCCUGGACUAUCACCUCAAUUACCUUAAGGAGGUGGACCAGCUGCGCUUGGAGCGCCUUCAGAUUGACGAGCAGCUGCGACAGAUAGGGGGCGGAGGGGGAGGGGGAGGGACAGGCUCCCGAAACCCCAAAGACAAAUCCUAUGUGUUCGAUAACGGGAUGGGAAUGGGGAUGGGCAGAGGAGCAGGAGGUGGGAAGCCCUAUGUGGGAGGAAGAGGCGGACGGGGCCGGAGAGGAGGCGGGGCGGCGUUCACCUCAGGCACCAACUCAGAGGCGUCCAACGCUUCAGAGACGGAGUCAGACCACCGAGAGGAGCUGAGCGACUGGUCCCUGGCUCCCACCGAGGAGCUGAUGACGGGGGGCGGGUCCCUGCCCAGGCGGACAGACGGCAGGAAACGAGCUGGAGGGGGGGGCCUGAGAGGCCGCGGGGGCAGAGGGAGAGGAGGGGGAGGGUAUAAAGGUGAUGACAUGCAGUGGGGCGAGCCAAGACCUCGUCAUGUAAGGGACCCAAAGCCUCGAGGCCAGGAAGACACCCUGCAGAUCCGUGUGGAUGGAAACAACGAGCGCAGCGUGCAGCACUCAUCAGGCGGCCGAGGAGGAGGAGGAGGAGGGCCUUCUUCAUCCCAGAGCGGCAUCGCCGUCGGGGGGGACGGCCAGUCCCGCCAUCACCAUCAGAGACCCCUGAGAGACCGGGGGAUGAAGAAGGACAAACAGGACGCUCUGGCGCUGGUGAACGGAGUGUCGUAGACGCACCCACGGAGGACCUUCUCUCACACACACACACACACACACACACGCUCACACACAGGCAACUUCUCAUACACCAUCUUAUAGUCUCUGGCGUAUUUUUUAAAUUUUAUUUUUUGGUCUUUUUCUCGUCUUUGUCGCACACAAGAGGACACGCAUUUCCACAUCGGCAUGGAAACGUUUAGCGAAGUCUUGAUCCGUUCCCGCCUGCUGUUGUCUCCUCUUCUUCUCUGGACUGUUUGGGGACAAGAGGAAAAGAAGAAGAAGGUUUUGACGAAAGCUCCUCUGUGACAGAAGGGUCAGCUGAGGGGGGAAAAAGCGCUCCCAUUUCACUCCCUUAACACCAUAAAUAUGUAUUUUUUGGGGAGUUUUUUUUUUUUUUUUCCUCCUUCAGUCCCAUUCGGGCUUACUCGCACGAGAAAACAGGAACGAUGACGGUGGCAGAAAUCUUUGGAAACAAUUUCACCCAUUUGGCAAAAGUUUCAACAUUUUUGACUCUUAGAGAUGAUCGCGGACUUUGCUGUGACCAAACAAUUCCCCUUCUCCCCCCCACUGGUACAGAAACACAUUUUGCUUCUCUUAAACUCCCAAAAUCCAACAUUUUCAAAGUCACCCAAAACCAGCUUUCUACAACGUACCUGUUCGAAAAAAA